AUACGGGAUUCUUAAUAUACGGGAGGUAUUCUUAUACGGGAUUUUAAACACGGGAAAUCGAAUGGAUGGCAAACAAUAGAAAUGUAGAAUUGGAGCAAGACGUCUUCGACAUCAUCCGAAGAAUUAGAGAUCCUGAACGGAGUGAGAGUUUGGAGGAGUUGAAUGUGGUCAGUGAAGAUAUGGUGUAUGUGAUGGAACGAGAUGAGCAGACGUCGAUAAGAAUUGAGUUUGCACCAACUGUUGCUCAUUGCUCGUUGGCAACACUCAUUGGUCUGUGUCUGCGAAUCAGUCUUCAAAGAAAUCUUACAUUUGAUUAUAAGCUUGAUAUUUGUAUAAAGGAAGGAACACAUUCAACAGCAGCAGACAUCAAUAAACAGAUCAAUGACAAGGAGAGAGUCGCUGCAGCAAUGGAAGUACCGUCUCUGAGAGAUCUGGUGGAAGAAUGUCUCAAGGAAAGAGACACAUGAUAUCCAGUAUAUGCACAAUGUGAACUACAUAAAUGUUGUGCCAACGUUUGACAGAGUUGAGAGAUGGUGCAGGACAAAAGUUUCUUGCAGAAACUUUAGGAUAAACCGACUUAAUCAUAGACAACAAACAACAGCAGAAAGACGAGACAACUAGAGUGGAUGUCAUGUUUAUCUAGUCUUGCUCUACUCUGUAGUAGUCGUUACAACUGUGGUUGUAAAGUAUUUAUUUCUGUGACAUUCAAGUUAGUUAUUUAUCUUACCAAAGUUAGUAUUAUUUGCAUUUCUAUUGUCAGUCUGUUCAACAGUUUGCUAAAUGAUUUAGCUCUAGU